CCGGCUUCUUCGCCCGCUGCUCGCCGCCACCAUGGAAGCCAUCAAGAAAAAAAUGCAGAUGCUCAAACUGGACAAGGAGAACGCUUUAGACCGGGCGGAACAAGCCGAGACGGAGCAAAAACACACCGAGGAAAGGAGCAAACAGCUGGAGGAUGAACUGGUGGCCAUGCAGAAGAAGCUGAAGGGGACGGAAGAUGAGCUGGAUAAAUACUCGGAGGCUUUGAAAGACGCCCAGGAGAAGCUGGAAGUGGCCGAGAAGAAGGCGGCCGAU